GCUGGCAAUCGCUGUCGCCGAUCCGCACUUUGGAUGAAACUGAAACGUUCCUUUGUUUCUGUGUCUCUCCUUCCAUUGAAUAAAACCCCUCCUCGGACCAUCAGGAUUCGGCUGACCUACUACAGGUACCCGAACGAAAUGUGCUACACAAUCGACAACUACCAGUGGACAAACUCACAGCACCCGCUUCAGCAGUGCGAGUCUCCUUGGAACUACGAGCUGAUGCUUCGGGCCUCCUGGGAUCGAAACGCGACUGUGGCGCUGGCGGAGCCCGAGGCACUACCGCUGGUAUUGCACAGCCCGUACUCGUGCCCACCCGACAAGCUCUCUUCGGUCAUGAUCAAGCCGGGCAUGAUGUACACCAUCGCCAUCUCGCAGGAGAAAGUGGAGCGAUUGCCUUCCCCUUACAAGUCAAGCUGUAACGACUACAUCUCCAUGGGCAUCCAAAAAAAAUACUUUGGGUACUACACUCAGGACAUAUGCGUCCAGGACUGCGAAAUGAACCUGGAGAUGAAGCACUGCCAGUGUGUCCGCACCCACCACGAGUUCGCGGCCACUUUCGGAGGCAUAGUCUGCGAUAUCAUCAGAGACGACAUAUGUACGAGAAAAGUUGAGAACCUGGGCGCCUACCAGCUGUGCCUGACCCGCUGCCGCGUGGCCUGCCAGGAGACGAAGUACGACGUGAGACUCAGCAGCCUCGCCGUGGACAAGUCUAUGCCCGGAAAAGGAACAGACAAGUUCACCUUCGUAGUAAAAUUUUCCUCCGAUACGCAACGAGUCCUGCAGUAUCAGCCUAAUCUUUCGAUAGUAGAAGCGUUCGGCUAUUUCGGAGGAUACAUCGGAAUAUGGCUGGGAUUCUCGUUGCUAUCGGUGCUCCUUAAUCUUGAAGCGCACAUGGCCAAAAUAUUAGCGAAGCGAAUGCAGAGAGGGAAGACAGCUGACCAAGCCGUGAUGGUCUUCCGGCUGAAGCAACGCUUCUGAGGCCUUCGCACGCAGCCGACGUCGGCUCGAGGACGGCGAAACGUUAUAUCCGCACGCAUAGAUCAAGCAGCGCGCACACUCGCCCUUGUACACCUCAAACGCUCGGCUGUGUGACUAGGAAGAAUUCACUUUGUGAAACAGCUGCCGCGUGCUUUUUUUUUUUUUUUGCGAAACUGAACGAACUGCUCUGAGCAAGCAAGCAGCGCUCUCUCACGCUUCUACACCUGCUGAUACCACAUAAUAAACUGAUGGAUAUGCACACUGAAA